AUGACAGUCUUCAUGGAUCUAUUGGAAGCUUUAGACGAAUAUUUCCUACGUCUGAGACGCAUUUUUGGUUCCAAGAGAAUUAAAUUCCAAAGGUCUAUAAAUAAUGCAGAACGCGUUAAUCUUUUAUUGAGAAUGCCAAAACUGCCGAAGCUAAUUAAACCAACUCCUACGGCAAAUCCAUUGGCUUCCAAAUCCGACGAGGUCUGUUACGACCUAAUAGCAAAAGGAAAAUACUACUUUAACCGGCAGGAAUAUGAAAAAUCUCUAGCUAUGUACAGCAUGAGUUUGUCUUAUGCUCAAAACAACCAUACUUUGUCCUUUGUAUACAAAAACAGAUCUGAGGUACUUUUCGCAAUGGGUCUGUUCAAAGAAUGUUUAACAGAUAUUCAGAGGGCUGCGGAUAACGGUUACCCCGAGAACUUGCAGGCACAUCUUGUCCGAAGCAAAGCAUUUGCUGAAGAAGUGACACAACAAAUGCAAACCCGUCCGGAAACCAAAGAGAACACCUACGAAAUCCCAGAAUCCGAAAGAAAUUCUUUGAUUCAGUCCGCCAGGAACUGCAUUGAGAUAAAAACAGAUACCAAAUGCGACCAACAUAUCAUUGCCACCAGGGAUAUUAACAUCGGCGAAGUCCUUGUAGUUGAAAAACCAUAUGCAUGGGCGAUAUUCGAUCAUCUGAAUUUGUAUUGUCAUGGGUGUUUUAAACUCUGUCGCAACGUAAUACCGUGCCCUACUUGCGUCUUUGCCGUAUACUGCACUGACACCUGCAAGGAAAAUGCUUUCACAAAGUACCAUCAGUACGAAUGUAUACUGCAGCUAUACAUAAGAAAGUUCUUUGAUGAUAUCAAAGAAACUGUGAUUUUUGCCUUAAAAAUGACAUUCUUAGCCAGAACUGAUAGAGUCGCUGAUAUCGAUGCAAGCAUUUAUCGUUCUGACAGGUACUACGAAUUUUUAGACUUGGACAUUUCUGACAAUAAGUAUCCAGUAGAGAGGUCAUUCGUACUGGCUUUUAUAGCAGCAGCUGUGUUUAAAUUUGCUAAAGAGGAGACCAACAUGUUUUCGAUACUUGGUUUGGAAGAUGAAUUUAAAGAACUGUUUUUAUUUAACUUACAUAUUAGUACCGUAUAUUGUCGAGAAAUUCAUCUACAUUGUGUAAAAGGUGAUGAUGAUCACCCAGGCUAUAGCAACGCGAUAUAUUCUCUAAUUAGCCUGUUUAAACAUUCUUGCAGUCCAAACGCAUUUUGUUACAGUUCAGGAAGUACAUUGAUAGUGAGAUCCGUGUCUACGAUCAAGAAAGGAAAUGAAAUUUGUAUUUCGUAUGGUCCGUCCCACAUUGAUGUUGACCGAGCCACCCGUCAACAAGUACUUCGAAACAAGUACCAUUUUACCUGCAAAUGUAGGCCCUGCAGGGAAAAAUGGCCACGAAAGAACUUCCUUGACGAAUACAACAAAUUUACUGUGAUAGCACAAAACCUUGCAAAAGAAAACAGAGCAGUAUUAAUCAGUCAUUUGCAUAAGUUAAUUGCGGACCUGAAAACAGCAGAAGAGACACAGCGUGAACCUUCUACUGACAUAAUACGCCUGCGUGAACGUAUUAAAAUUAUUUAUCAAGUUGUAGAUGGAUCAUUUUGUAGUCCAUCUGGUUCCAACAAAAUGGAGUACCACCUCACUUCGGACGUCAAGUACGGCAUCGAGGAACUCCAAGGAAGUAUUUCAAAUUUUAAUGUGAUUGCUAAGUUUAUGUCUAAACAACAACCAAUUUCAUCUCCAGUAGCAGGAGUCGAAAGCCUGAAAACUCAGAAAACUGAAUGA